AACCAGCCAUUAAUAUAAAAGUUUUUAUGAGAUUAAGGUGUUAUUUGGAUGAAGUUAAGCAGUUGUGGUGUAAAACUAAGUAAAAAGAGGUCAUCUACCCCCAUCCCCCGACACUCCACAUUCUCUUUCACUGUGAAAUCUUAUUACUACCAAUUACUGAAAUUCAGUGUAUGAGCUGUAAGCCUGUAACUAAUCUCUUUCCAAAAUUUGAACAUCGACAUAAUAAGCUUCUUUUUCAACAUCCCUCUUUUAACAUCUUCCCACCUCUUUACAUCAUUGUCCUCCUUAAGUAACUAACCGCUUCUUUCUUAUUUGUCUCCUUCCUUCUCUAAUUUCACAAUUUGUCUUCUUAACUCUCUCUAUUUCUCUCUCUCUCUCUCACGCACACGCAGACGCAGACGCACGCAAACCAAGAAAAACAAGAAGAAGAAAAAUUCAUUCUGCUAUUCUAAAGUAUCAAUGUGAUCAUCCUAUCAAGCUUUUGCAAUCCAUUAUAAAGAGAAAAACGCUUUUGAAGGAGUAAGGAAAAUGGAUGGUGAAGAUAGACCGAGGACGAUGUGGAGAAGCUUGAAGCAACGGCUAGGAUUCAGCGGACUACCAUGUUGUGGGUCCACUUGGAAUCUAAGAGUAUCAGACGUGCCGACGAGAGAAGAAGAAGAGGCCCAACAAAUACAGGCCCAGGAAGAAGAGCCCAUGAUUAUGGCCCAUCAAGGAACCAUGAACCUCGCUUCAGCAUUGGCAGCGGAGCGUCGAUUUCAGAGCGUGAAUGCCACGGCGCAAUUGAAGACGUUGAUGAGAUUGUUCGAGGAAACGGACGGUAGAGAUGAGAAGAAGAAUCUGAAAUGGUAUAUCAAAGAAGAAUCAAGAGGUGGAAUUGAUGACAUGUGCUGCGUAUGCAUGGAAAGGAAUAAGGGCGCCGCCUUUAUCCCCUGUGGACAUACCUAUUGUAGAGUUUGUUCUACAGAGCUGUUCAUGAAUAGAGGAUUGUGCCCUCUUUGUAAUUGUUCCAUUACUCAAAUUCUCAAUAUUUUCUAAGAUACCAUUUUUGUGAAAAAAAAAACUUUAGGAAUCAUUUUUUAAUAUUCUGAGUUUGAUUUUUUUUUUUCUUGGUUGACCUGAAAAACGGAGUUAUAUGUCUACUGUUUUGAGUUUUUUUUUUGGGGGGUUGGGGGACAUUAGUUACUAUUUUUUGUAGUGUAAUUUAUGUAUUUCAUACUUGAAAAAGGGUGAAACGGGGUAAUGAAAAGAAUUUAAAAGCAAGUAGAAUAAAGUGCUUCUUGCUUCUAGUAAUUGAUUUGGCUUUCAAUCAUUGUGAUUUUG